CGAUAUGGCAGCUACGGAAGCAACAGCUGAGCGCUUCGAAUUCCGAGAGAAGUUUUUAUUUCUGCUGGUAUUCUUUCUUUAUUUAGGGUUGUGUGCCAACUUUUAUUAUACUUACAAUGUCUCAAAAAUCUGCAGUGUGAAGCCAGCAUCCGAUUCUAACUCCAAUGCCGAUUUACUGCAGAAGCAGAGCUUCGAAACACGCACAAGGCCAACGCCAACAGAUAACACUUUCAUUGGUAAUGCAGACGGUGAUCGUUCUCGAGCAGUUGACGUUUCUCAGGAACGCGGGAAAGCCUCUCAACAUGGAAGUGGCUUCAACGGAAAAGGAGGACGCUUUUUACGCAGCUUGAAAGAUGAAAGCUCUGGGUACUUUAGGAGUCAUAAAUCGGAAGUCGAGCCAAAAGACCAAUGGAGUACUUACUUGUUCAAAGCAAAUGAUACAAGUUUUUUAUUCUCAGCCUUAGGUCAUCGCCUUAAGCGGCAUGUUGACCCACAUAAGCGAAGGCAUUGGAGACGUAGCUCGCGAGAUGGUGAUGUCCCGAGCGUUGAGUUUUUCCCCAAGCCACAACCUACGAUAGAAACUGAAGGGUUCGCUUGGGUAACUUCAUAUUCAAGGAUAGCACUGCCUGUCCUUGAAGAGUACUGUCAGUCCACUAGAGAGUUCUGCCCACCAGGCACACCAGGACCACCUGGCAAUCCAGGUAAUCCAGGCUUGAAAGGCGAAAAGGGUGAUAAAGGAAAAAUAGGAUUUACUGGAAAUACAGGACCAAGAGGACCUCAGGGCUUUUCUGGAAUAACUGGACCAAUUGGACCUAAAGGAGAACCAGGAGAGCCAGGUAUACCGGGUCUUGAUGGUCGAGAUGGUCUUCCUGGUGAACCAGGUUUAGAUGGUGUACCUGGACGCGAUGGCGCAGACGGACUUCCAGGAGUAGACGGUAUAUCUGGUAUUCCAGGAACGCCCGGAAGUCCAGGCUUUAAUGGAACAGAUGGUGUACCUGGAGCUCAAGGCCCAAGAGGACCCCCAGGGAAAACUGGUCCAACUGGUCUACCAGGUCCUCGAGGAAGAAAGGGAGAACCAGGGACGCCUGGAAAUCCCGGAACUCCCGGAAUUCAGUCAUGGAGAAUAAACAAGAAGGAAGUAACACAACUAUUAAUACCCCCUGCAAUAGUGGAUAUUGAGAAUAGGUCCACGUUGAUAGUCCAGGAGGGAGAACACAUCCGUCUCCAAUGUUCAGCUUCAGGACAUCCUCUUCCGAAACUUAUCUGGCGAAGGAGUGAUUCGAAAUUCAUAGUAUUAGGAAAUCUUAGAUUGGCAAUGGUGGAAGGGGACCGUCUCAAUAUUAGCAGAGUCACCCGUUAUGAUAUGGGAUCCUACUUGUGUAUAGCAUCAAACGGCGUUCCUCCCCCUGACUCGAGGACCACACUGCUGGAAGUUACUUUUUCACCACUGAUCAAAAUCGCUAAUCCGAUGAUCGGAACAAGGAACCGAGGUUUUGCAUUUCUCGAGUGUUACGUCGAAGCUUUUCCUCAGCCAAUCAACUACUGGCUUUAUGGUGACGACAGACUGUUGGAACAAAGUCCAAAAUACACUAUUAAAGAAGAAGUGAUUAACCACUUUACGUUCAAGAUGACACUGAAUAUUUCGUACGUCGAACGACAAAAUUAUGGAAUUUACAAAUGUGUCAGUAAAAACCACAAAGGAAAAACUCGUGGAAUUCUCACUGUCUACGAGAUUGACCCUUCUAUACAUACUACAAAACCACCAAAAGGAAGGUACAUAUUGUACGGGAAAGCUCCUCCCCCACGGGUCGUAGAGCCAGAAUGUCCACCCUGUCCAGAGUGCCCAGAGCCGAGAAAGUGUCCACUGGGUAGUCAAGGUGGAAAGCUGACUACGGUAAAUGUAAUCAGUAUUAGUAAACAAUUCAACGCUACACACUGGCAGGUGCUCAAACCGAGAACUAAAGAUUGCCUACUGAAUCAAGUCGGGAAGCCAGUUUUCCAGCAAUUUUCUAACGUAUCUCAGGGCUGCUGGAUGAAAGACCCUGCUGCAACCAAUCCCAUUGACGAGAGCAAGCACUGGGUGACGUUGCAAACCGAGAAAAACACGCUUUAUGAGUUCGCAGAUAAAACUUCAUUCCGGAACAACAACUAUACGAAAAAAUACACUCUACCCUUUGAAUUUGUAGGUAACAAUCACGUAGUUUAUAACGGUUCUUUCUAUUACAACCAAGAAGGCACGAACAAUCUGAUCAGGUUUGAUUUACAAACUGAAAGUAAUACAAGCGCCCAGAUUGUCGACGCGGCCUACAAAGAUGACCAAUAUCUUUACACCACACGGCACAGUUACAUGGAUUUAGCUGCUGAUGAAAAUGGAUUGUGGGUAAUUUUUGCCGGCAACAACACUAAUAACACACUGGUACUUAAGUUUCAUCCGUAUUCACUUCAGACAGAAAAGAUGUGGAACAUCACACUGAAACAUCGUGGAAUUGGUGAGAUGUUUAUUAUCUGUGGAGUUCUGUAUACAAUUGAUAGUGUUAAUGAACUGAAUACGCGGAUUUCUUACGCCUUCGACCUGUACCAGAACAAAGCCAUCGACGUCAACCUGGAUUUUACUAAUCCUUUCGUCAGAACCGCGAUGGCCAGUUACAAUGCGAGGGAUGAAGUCAUCUACACGUGGGACAGGGGAAAUCAAUUGGUGUAUCCAGUUAGGUUCGCUACAAUCGACAUGGGCCAGCCUGAUCCCGAAGCAGAAAAGAAAGAUUCGAAAACUUAAUUACACUUUACUGUUCUGUCAAAUGACACUUUCAUUAGCGACGAGUGUGCUUUGAAAAAUGAAAGAACAGAACAAAAGUAUUUCUUAAAGAUAGAAUAGUGAGUUCUAAUAAACGCAGAGAUAAGAAGAUGACGAAGAGUUAAUUUACCAGUUUUUAAUUCAUUGAAAUUUCUCGUUCCACGUUGUUAUUUAAAUGACAUUGGCCUAUGACACAUUUUAACAAGUUAACGUCUGUAAAGCCAAAUAAUUCAGACACCAUCUUAGGUUGGCUUUACCUCUUUCGAUAAAAAGUUUUCUGAUAAUGAACGGGGAUCUUUUAAUUGUUUAGUUAAAAUGUAAUCGUUUCAGCAUUAUUAUUAUUAUCGUUAUUAAUGAAACAUUUUUGGUUGUUUUUAAGUCUGUACUGUGCCUUUCAAGAACCUCAAUACCUAUAAAAUAUAUAUUAGAAUACAGCACGUGUGUAUCUGUUUCGUGAUAUAAACAAUGUCACUACUUCUUUGUGUUUUAUCAUAUGAAUCUAGUAGUUUUUAAAGAUUUUUUCGUCUGUUUUAACUUUAAUUGGUAUUCCCAAGAAGCAAGAUGUUUAAGUAGGAUGAAAAUCGUAGCUAGGGAAGUAAGCUUCCCGUGCAUGUGGGAUUGAAACUGUAACUUCUAUAAUGAAAGAGAAGCAAGCUCAAAUUCUUUGCUUAGCUUCACUUGUUAAAAUUAGAAAACACAAGCUACACUAGGGGAGAGUUAAACAAAAGUUAUCUGGGUCGUAUGUUGGAGCAGUGAUUUUUUAAAAAAAUAUUAUACGUACAGAUUGGUACUCGUUUUUUUUUAAAUUCUAAUCAGUGAUAUCCAGAAAUAAUGUUUGUGUAGUUUGACUAGUAAUGCUCUUUAGUAUGAAAUAAAUUCAACUGGUUACUAUAAAAGUGGUGUUCCUUUGGAAAACAUUUUAUUUUAAAUUACAAGUAAGUGUGCUGAAAGGUGUUUUCGAUGUUCAUAAACUGAAAACUAAAUUACGUGUAUUAUUUAUUGUUUUGGUAAAAAUAUUAUGUUUCUCAUUCAAAUGUAUUCAUAAUUAAAUUCUAAUGUAAUUCUAGAAAACAUCAAGAAAAUCCAAAUAUUAUUCAUAUAUAUAUAUGUGUUACACGAACUCCUA